GGGAAAGUGGCCGCCGAGCGUUAUGGCAGCGGCCGCGGGGGCGGACUCGUUUUCUGGCGGCGGCUCCGGGGCCGUGCGGCUGCCGUCGUCGCCGCCCAUCAAGGUGCUGGCGGAGCAGCUGCGGCGCCACGCGGAGGGCGGCCCGGGCGCGUGGCGGCUGUGCCGGGCGGGCCGCGCGCCGCUGGAGCUGGCGGCCGUGUGGAUGCAGGGCACCGUGGUGCAGGCGGGCGGCGGCACGGCGCGGCUGCGGGACCCGAGCGGCGCCUUCUCGGUGUGCGGCCUGGAGCGGGUGCCGCGCGGGCGGCCCUGCGUCACCCCAGGAAAGUACGUGAUGGUAAUGGGAGUGAUUCAGGCCUAUAGCCCUGAGCCUUGCCUUCAGGCUGUGAAGAUGACAGAUCUUUCUGAUAAUCCCGUCCAUGAAAGCAUGUGGGCACUGGAAGUAGAAGAUUUACACAGGAAUAUUCCUUAGAUGAUGUUGGAAGUGUCAUUAAAAACAACGGAAAUUCUGAAAGGACUUAAGUUCUUAUUCCAUGUGGAUUUCACGGACAUUGUUCAAUGUGUAUUUCUCAAAAGUUCCUCAGAGAGCUUUGCUUUGGCUCACCAAGUUGUCCAGAUGUAGGAUUUCUAAAUGCUGGGGCACUCCAGUUAAUUCAGCCCUGCUGCCCCUGUGCGUUGAUUAAAAGCAGAUGUCGUGUUCAUUCUCUCUACAGCACACGGAAAUCUCAUGUUGCAUUUCUCAGGUUUUACCAGUGAUGAUACUUUUUCCGUGACUGCUGCAAUCCUAUUUUAUGGUGCAAACUUUGAAUCUCAGUCAUUGUCCAUGGUGAUUAAAGUGUGGUUAUGGGCAGGAAAAUUGACUUCGUGAAAGAAGAAUGACAUCAUGGCCCCACGUCUUCUCCAUCAACAGCUUCCAUAUCCAGUUUGCAAGUCAAGCGGUACAGCAGCCUCUCAGAGACACAGCUCUCUUGAACACCACUCAACCCUUAACGAUCCAUUUCUCUUAGAUGUGGGUGAUGAUAGGGACAUGCUGAAAUUCUUGUUGAAAUUAAAGAUUGAUUGAGAACAACUUUCAGGCAUUCACUCAACUUCUAAUUUCGGUCUUUUAACAUUUGGUGAGAUACUUCAAGGGAGCAUCCUCCUGGGUAGAGUUCUACAUUUUUGGUAUGGAAGGACUGUUUGUUGGGAUUAUAUUGAAUACUAGAUUUCUGCUCUCUGCUUCUUACUCAACCCUCUUUUCCCCUUAGAUUAUCAAUGUCAAAGGAGUCCUGUUUUGUUUCAACAUUACUGUCGAGUUUUGGUGGAUUAUUUAUCUUCUACCACUAAUAAAUUGUUUUACAUGC